UUAUUAUUUUACUUUUUUUAUUAUCUACCAACAACCAAACCCUAGUUUUGCUUACGUCCGAUCUCCUCCUUCUCUCUUUUCUUCUCUCCCAAACGUUCCCUUUCUUUUUUUUCUCUAAUCACGAACCAAAAAGCAUCAUAAUCUCGAUGAGUUAAAUCCAUGUAUCUCAAAACCCUAAUCACCACUUAGCUAGUAAAAGGAAAGGAAAAUAAAAAGGACUUGUGUGGUAGAAAAGGAAGAUGAGCAGUAGCGGAAACCCUAGCAGCAGCAGCGGUGGAGGAGGAGGACCGUGCGGCGCGUGCAAGUUCUUGAGAAGGAAGUGUGUCGCUGGCUGCAUCUUCGCUCCUUACUUUGACUCCGAGCAAGGAGCGGCGCACUUCGCGGCGGUUCACAAGGUGUUCGGAGCGAGCAACGUCUCCAAACUCCUCCACCAUGUUCCCGAGCAUAAACGACCAGACGCCGUCGUUUCAAUCUGCUUUGAGGCUCAAGCUCGUCUCAGAGACCCUAUCUACGGCUGCGUCUCUCACAUCGUCUCUCUUCAGCAACAGGUGGUAAGUUUGCAAACUGAGCUUUCAUAUCUACAAGCACACUUAGCAACUCUAGAGCUGCCACAACCUCAACCACCACAGGUUCCGGUGUCAUCUUCAGGAUCUCUACAGGCUCUUUCCAUAACGGACCUCCCAACAAUAUCACCGUCGGUGUACGACCUCUCCUCCAUCUUCGAGCCGGUCAUGUCCUCCACUUGGGCCAUGCAGCAACAACCACGACCGUCUGAUCAUCUCUUCGGCGUCCCGUCAUCGUCCAAUAUGGGCGGAGGCGGUGAGCUCCAAGCACUGGCGCGUGAGUUUAUUCACGGUGGGCAAAUGCCAGCUCAGCCAUCGCCGGGAACCAGUGGUUCUGCCUCGUCAGUGAUAAAACGAGAAUGAAGUUAUUUUUAUCGUAUGUUUGUUUAUUUGGACCGUAAGAGAUCUAUAGUUAGCCAUAUGUUUCUCCUUGUAAUAUAUAUACUUGGUCGAAUUCGUAUUUAAAUUGUUGUCUAGAAUGUUAAUAUAAGAACUAUAUGAUUUACAUUGAUUAAAUGGAGUAUCUUAUAG